UGCUCAGGCACUUCUCCAUUCACCCGCACCACCCAUCUCGCUCACAUAUAGAAUGUCUGCCUCUUGGUCACCAUCGCCUCUGAUUCCGCCCUUUCGGUUCGGCACAAUCGAGCCAGAAGUUUACCGGGGUGCAUACCCGAAGCAGCGCAACCUGCGCUACCUCAAAAGGUUAAAGCUGCGGACGAUUUUAUCACUGAUUCCAGAUGAACCGGACGAGGUGUUUCAGAAAUUCUGUACGAAGCAGGGAAUAAGGUCGAUUCAUUUGCCGGUUGAUAAAGUCAAGGAUAAUGUACCCUUGACCUACAACCGUGCUGUUGAGGCCGUUCAGGUUAUUAUCGAUCAGGAAAAUUUGCCGAUAUAUAUACAUUGCUUAGAUGGAGCGAGUGUUACGGGCUUGGUGGUAUGUUGCCUCCGCAAGCUACAGACCUGGAAUAUCUCCUCUGCCAUGGGUGAAUUCCUCAGAUAUCUUCGUGGAGGCGUCAUCAGUUCUGAAGAAUCCGUGUUUGUAGAGAAGUUCAGUUCCGAAAUCGAGAUCUCGAAGCCGAUCCCGUCCUGGUUGUGGGAGGGUCAGAUCACGUUUAAGAAACAUCCGACCCUGAAAUUGAACCUGAAGAUUCCAGCAGCGGCAGCGGCGGCGUCGAAUGCAACAAACACGACGGCAUCCUCGCCGAGCUUGUCGGCCAUUCAAAUGAGUGCUACGGCCGGGUUUCCGACACCACAGAGACAACAACAGCAGGGCGAACAUGAGAACGGUAGCAAUAAUGCCGGCAUUGCUGUCAAUAGCAUUGAUAAAACAUCCGGACAGCAGAGCAAAGUCGGUGCGAAUGGUUCAUCCAAUUCAGGGGCGACGAAGCCAGGAGCUGGUACGGGAAUUUCAUCGCAUCCUGGAUCCGUGCCAGCAUCGUCAUCAACAGGGCUUAUGAACCAUGCAAGUCGAUCUUCAGCCAGAGGUGGAGGUAUUUUAAGAGAUCGUCCCAGUAAUAACAAGAGUAUCAUCUGGACUGAUGUCGGAGGAGCCGCGAGUUAUGGAGGAUCAAGGACAACAUCUAUUGCAACACCCACGACUGCAGCAAAGAACAAGCGGGCUGUACCCGGCAAUGUCUCAGGGUCGGCACAGCAACUACAGUAUCAAGGAUUGGGGGUUCAAGAUUCAUCAAUAUCCAGAUCGACAUCAUCAGCAUCUGAUUCUAAAAGAGUCCCACUGGGUAUUCAGACAGGCGCCUCGAACGCAGCAUUACCACCUUCUGGCUCUGUGCACGGAGAUCCUUCUGAGGCGGGCGCAGGAUCAUUAAAGACAUCUCAUGAUGCUUCAGGACAUGGCAGCGCAGAACGAACGUCAAGCGGUAAUGGCGAUACAGCAGCAACAGGAACUGGAAAGGAAGCUGAAUCGAGCGCCAGGCAAAAGCCUGAAGAGAACAUUGCCGACAACUCGACAUUACAAACCCAGGAGCGCAACGUUAGCAGUACGCCUACGAUCACUAAGAACCCGCCUGUGGUGACACCCUCUCCAGUACCUGCAGCACAGGAAGUCGUGGAUGAGUAUUAUGAAGUGUCGAUGACUCUGAAAGCCCUUGCGCUCGAGGGCGCUGACUUUUAGGCAUUCUUCGCACUGCUGGUCCUAAUAAAAGCGAUGGAUAAGCAUAAGAAGGCGCUUUGUUUUUCUUUGUCUACAAUAGCGUAGGCUGCUUUUUUUCUUUUAUUUCAAUAAUGCUCAAAGUACACGAAACCCCCCCCCCCCC